AACGUUACAAGUCUAAGAGCUCAGGACAAGAGCAGCAGAAAUACAUGCAACAUGGUGACUGGAACCCUAAGGACCUUGCAAUAUGAAUAAUUCUCUGGAGAACACCAUUUCCUUUGAAGAAUACAUCCGUGUGAAGGCACGAACGAUCCCCCAGCACAGGAUGAAGGAGUUUCUGGACUCCCUUGCUUCCAAGGGGCCGGAAGCUCUGCAGGAGUUUCAGCAGACAGCCACCACCACCAUGGUGUAUCAGCAGGGUGGCAACUGCAUUUACACGGACAGCACAGAGGUGGCUGGGUCUUUGCUUGAACUUGCUUGUCCUGUGACAACCAGCGUCCAGCAGCAAACUCAGCCAGAGCAGCAGAUACAGGUUCAGCAACCCCAGCAAGUCCAGGUUCAGGUCCAGGUCCAACAGUCACUGCAGCAGGUCUCCGCCCAGCAGCUCUCUCCACAGCUCACUGUCCAUCAGGCUUCGGAGCAACCAAUACAGGUCCAGGUGCAGAUCCAAGGCCAGGCGCAGCAGCAGGCGUCGCAGACAAUACAGAGUCAGUCCCUUCAGAGCCCCAGCCCGUCGCAGCUGCAGGCGGCCCAGAUUCAAGUGCAGCAUGUGCAGGGCACCCAGCAGAUCCAGGCUGCGGAGAUACAGGAGGAACACAUACAACACCAGCAGAUCCAGGCCCAGCUCGUGGCAGGACAGGCCAUUACUGGUGGCCAGCAGAUCCAGAUCCAGACGGUUGGGGCGAUGUCACCUCCGCCUUCUCAACAGGGCUCCCCACGAGAGGGAGAGCGGCGGAUCAGCACCGCCAGCGUCCUUCAGCCGGUGAAGAAGCGUAAGGUGGAUAUGCCCAUUACCGUGUCGUACGCCAUCUCGGGGCAGCCGGUUGCCACGGUGCUGGCCAUUCCGCAGGGCCAGCAGCAAAGCUACGUCUCUUUACGGCCAGACUUGUUAACAGUGGACAGUGCCCACCUGUACAGUGCCACUGGGACCAUUACUAGCCCCACUGGAGAGACUUGGACCAUCCCCGUUUACUCGGCUCAGCCGCGUGGUGACCUCCAGCAGCAAAACAUAACCCACAUCGCCAUCCCCCAGGAGGCCUACAACGCCGUCCACGUCAGCGGCUCCCCCACGACACUGACUACCGUGAAGCUGGAAGAUGACAAGGACAAGAUGGUGGGAAGUACUUCAGUAGUGAAGAACUCUCACGAGGAGGUGGUGCAGACUCUUGCCAACUCGCUCUUCCCGGCACAGUUUAUGAAUGGCAACAUCCACAUUCCAGUGGCGGUGCAGGCGGUGGCGGGGACGUACCAGAACACGGCCCAGACGGUGCACAUAUGGGACCCCCAGCAGCAGCAGCAGCAGCCCACGCCCCAGGAGCAGGGCCAGCAGCAGCAGCUACAAGUCACCUGCUCGGCUCAGACUGUUCAGGUUGCUGAAGUUGAACCACAGCAACAGCCACAGACUUCACCUGAACUUCUACUUCCAAACUCUCUGAAGCCAGAAGAAGGGCUUGAAGUGUGGAAAAGCUGGGCACAGACCAAGAAUGCAGAGCUGGAAAAGGAAGCCCAAAAUAGACUAGCACCUAUUGGAAGGCGUCAGCUGCUGAGGUUCCAGGAAGAUCUCAUCUCUUCAGCUGUGGCUGAGCUGAAUUAUGGUCUAUGCUUAAUGACACGAGAAGCUCGAAAUGGUGAUGGUGAACCCUACGACCCAGAUGUGCUCUACUAUAUCUUCCUGUGUAUUCAGAAGUAUCUCUUUGAAAAUGGCCGAGUAGAUGACAUCUUCUCAGACCUCUACUACAUUCGUUUCACUGAAUGGCUGCAUGAAGUUCUUAAGGACGUACAGCCCCGCGUUUCCCCUCUUGGUUAUGUCCUUUCCAGUCAUGUAACAGAAGAGAUGCUGUGGGAGUGUAAGCAGCUAGGAGCUCACUCCCCUUCCACCUUGCUCACUACACUGAUGUUUUUUAAUACAAAGUACUUCCUGUUGAAAACAGUAGACCAGCACAUGAAGCUGGCCUUCUCCAAGGUGUUGAGGCAGACCAAGAAGAACCCUUCUAAUCCCAAGGACAAAAGCACGAGUAUCCGCUAUCUGAAGGCUCAUGGCAUACACCAGACAGGACAGAAAGUUACAGAUGACAUGUAUGCAGAGCAGACUGAGAACCCAGAGAACCCCCUGAGGUGUCCGAUAAAGCUGUAUGACUUCUACCUCUUCAAAUGCCCCCAGAGCGUGAAAGGCCGGAAUGACACGUUUUACUUGACACCGGAGCCAGUGGUGGCCCCCAACAGCCCUAUCUGGUACUCCAUCCAGCCGAUCAGCAGAGAGCAGAUGGAGCAGAUGCUCACCCGGAUCCUGGUGAUACGAGAGAUUCAGGAAGCCAUUGCCGUGGCUAACGCCAGCACCAUGCACUAAGGCAUCCUUCUUGGCGCAGAAGGGGUGGGGCGGGGGACGGGGGAGGGACAGGCAAAGAUAAAUUGUACAGACUUUUACACUAAAGGAGAUGCCUAAGUUUUUGGUUUUUUAUUGGUGUAGUUAUGAAGCCCUUUUAGGCUUCUUCUCUUUAAAAGAAUCUAAAGGAAAACCUACCCAUUGUGUAUCCUACCCAACACACCAAACUGUUGGAACCAUUGGAGGCUGCAUAUCCCCUGCGAGCUGGGAGCUGUGGAAAGCUGCUGGUUGACUCUGUUUUUUUUUUAUGGUGUAGAAAACAUGAACUACAGGAUGGGCCUGGAUGGCUGGGGCCUCUGUCUCCUUGGAGCACAUGCAGCCUAGAGGGCACAGAAUGAUGGAUGGACCUGCUCAGCCAGUGGAGGAGAGGCAGGCAUCUUCUUUUCUUGUGCUUGGACGUUAAUUUGCUGUUAUCUUGGAAGGAAGAGGAGAGAGUGAACUGCAGUUGUGAUUUAUACAAAAAAAAAAAAAAAACCCAAACCAACGAUUUCUAUUAAGACCUUUAAGUGACAUUUUUAGAUGUUAAAAGUACAAACUUUACCACACUCUUCUUUUUUUGGCCUAACGUUGAGGCCUUAAACCUUGAGGCUUCUGUGCCUGAUGGAAUUCUUGUAACAUACACUUGUGUAUCAUAUAAAGAUACCACCCUGUUUCUCUUAUGUAUUCUUACUCUAGUUGUUUAUUAAGAAUGACGAGCACGUCUUUUCAACA